AUGAAUGAAACAAACGAACGAUUGACAACACUUGCUUUAGUACUCAAAACGAGAGAGCGUUGGUUGCUUGGAAUAGAGUCAUUGGCGUGGCUUGUAGUAAUAUUGGCUGCCUUUUUGGGAAAUGUCAUGUUGACGCUGGCAGUCUUCAAAUCAAGUAGAAUACGAUCUCCACAAAAUUACUACUUGUUGUCGCUGGCGGCUACAGAUGUCUUUAAUGCUAUUGCUAUUAUGCCCUACACGCUUACCGUUCUCAUCAAAGGAACAUGGCCUUUUGGAAACUUUAUUUGCCAGCUGCAAGGAAGUCUGACUUCAAUUUGCGCCACUGUCUCAUUGCUUACAAUGGCACUAAUUUCAUUUAACCGUUAUGUGAAGAUAGUCAGGUCUGUUCAGCUUUACCAGAAAAUAUUCACCAGACGAAAUAUCUUGAUAUCCAUCACCAUGUCAUGGUCGACAACUGCGUUUUUAACGCUUUUUUCACUUUUAUUCUACAAAACUAUGUUCCAUUUUCACCCUGGAAAGUGCUUAUGUUGGUUGCAGCUAAGUCCAGUAGAUGGAGCUUCUUGGUAUGGUCUGGUCAGUUACUCGUCAAUAGUUUGUUUAAUAUUUUCUUCAAUCUUCUUUAGCUACUACAAAGUAUUUCGAAAAAUCCGCGCACAUUACGCUCAAGUUGCAAACUCUGGGAUUCACAAUGAGAACUCUGCGGCCUUCGCUGAGGAAGUGAAAAUAACAGCUAUGUUAUUUGUGACUGUAUUAGCGUUUUUCAUCUGUUGGGUCCCUUCUUUUAUUAUCGACUUCUACGAGGCUAUUGCAGGAUACUACACCCUUCCAAGACAGCUGUAUUUGUUCAAUAUAUUCACUUAUACAUCUAGCAGUGCUAUCAAUCCUUUUAUUUAUGGUUUUAUGAAUAGGGAUUUUCGUGGGGCCUACAUGAGAAUAUUGUGUUGUAAAGAAAAUUAG